AUGGCGGAAAUCGAAGGCGGUCGGGCACCAGAGCUUGUAUCAUUUGAAUCAGAUGAAACCACGACAAAAAAAAGUAAGAGUGACAGCUACAAAAAAGGUGAUAUUGUUUUAUGUGCAAUGGAGAUGGGAAUAUGGUGGCCUGGAUAUGUGACACAUGACCAGGACACAAAAAAGAAGGUCACAGUAGCUUUUUGGAAUGAAGAUAGCAGAGUGACAAGACCAUUGUCCAGAAUUACAGAUUUUAUAGAAAAUUCUCCUCUUAUAGCCUCCAGCAUAAGUAAAGCUGAAAAUCAAAAGGAAAUACUGGAUACUGACUGUCCGAAAGAUGAAGACAGUGUCAUUUCUGAUUGCAAUGAUAUAGACUAUUGCCCUGAAAGUGAUGAUUACACAGAUAGUGAAGAAAUGUCAGAUGUUUACGAUGAGGGAACAGCCUUCUCAAAUGGUUCAUCGUGUAGUGCACCAGUUGAAGCAACCAAACUUGCCCCUAUGCAUUGUAGUGCUGAUACAGAUGAAGUUUUGGAGACUGCAUCACAUUUUCGACUUGAGACAACCAGAAUCUUACAGUCUUUCCCUAAAGCUUGCCAGGAGACUGAACCAGAUAUAGAGACUCAUUCGGAAGAUGGAGACAUUCAGGAUUCAGCCACAUUGAAAAAUCCAGACAGUUACAUAUUUGACAUUAACUGUCCGAAUAUCUACACAUUGAAAUUCCAAAAGAAUUCAAAUAAUAGCUCAAAACAUGGGAGGACAUACGAUAGAAAAAAUGCCUGUUAUUUCUUCCACAAGUUGAUGACUAACAUGCAAACACAUUUGAACAGAAACGAAAAAGAAGUGAUAGAUAUGGUGGAUAUGAAAAGGAAAAUAGAUAGUAAUGAUCCAUCUUCCAAACAAAUAAAGACACAGCUGCGUAAGAAACAGACCAUUCUUUGCAAUAAGGGAAACAAUUUUCACAACUCCAAGGCUUUAAGUGAAAAAAAAGGUGAAAUUGUUCUUUCGCGUAGAACAGAAACAUCAGUAUUUGAUGUAUCCAAGCAUGGGCCAUGCCCAUUGUGUGAGGAGUGGAUUACACUGCAAAAUAUUACUAAACACAAUGCUGCUUGUCCGUGUGCAGAUCAAAAGAACCAGAGUGCAAGUAAUUCAUUCAAUAAGGGCCUUGCAAUCAUUCAGUCAAAGGUGAUGACUGGGAAGCUCUCUUCACAUGCAUCAAAAAAACUGGAAAAAACUGUGUUCCCAUCCAUGACAAGAGACAACAUCACAUCAGUUGCACAGAAUGACCGAUUAAUAGUGGCUCUUGGAGAUAUUUGGCUGGUAAAAAACAUUGGUAAUAAAUUGAGGAGUAGAGGGUUUACAAGUUUUAGGAUGAGACUUGCUGCUAGACUUUUGCUUUUACUACGAGAAUCUUCCGGACUUGAAAAUGCAACAAUGGAUGAGUUUUUGAAUCCUGCAUAUUUUGAUAGUGUUGUCCAGUGCUCCCUGAAAGCCUGUCAUGAAGAUGAAAAUGAGGAAUUGAAAAAUCCCAGUACCGCAUUGAAACUUGGAUAUGACCUUACACAUUUGACGUCAGCAAAACUGGGCCUUGCCAUUAAGGAAAGUAAUGUAAAGGCUAAAGAGGCAGCGACAGACUUCCUUCGUUUACUCCAAAUGGAAUGGAGUGUCAAAGUUUCCAAAAUUGUGCGUGUUACAUUGGAAGAAAGGCAUUUCAAUAAAUUGUCACCUCUGCCAAUUCCUGAUGAUAUUGUGAAACUGGCAUCCUACCUUGUCACGCAACUGCAAGAUUUAGAUCUGGACCAAAGCACUAUCAAUGAGGCAUUCUACAGAGAGGUAGCUGUUUUGACUGCAGUGAGACUUAUGGUAUAUAACCGGAGGCGUCCUGGUGAAUUGGAGAGUCUAAGAGUUGAUGCCUACUAUAGAAGGUCCAAGUCGGUGGAUGAGGCCGAUGCAGCACUUAGGAAAGACUUGACAGAGUUUGAAAAGAUGCUUUUAGAGAAUCAAGAGCUUGUUGAAAUCAGAGGCAAAACUGGAAGAGGAGUCCCACUUUUGAUUCCUAAAGAAACGCAGAAAACACUUGCCUUUCUUGCAGAUUCUGAAAAAAGAAAAAAAGGAGGGAUUAACAAAGAAAACCCUUAUAUCUUUGCAAAUAAAGGUACUUCUGUGAUCCAGGCAGGUGAUGCUUUAGAAGAAGUCAAAUUGAGACCAGAGGUUAAACUUGUGAGCCCUCAGAGAAUAUAUGCAACUAAUCUUCGCAAGCAGACAGCAACAAUCGCAUAGGCAUUAAGUUUGGAUUCACAGCAACGGAAAAACGUUUGUAAUCACUUGGGGCACACACAAAAGGUCCAUGAUGCAUUUUAUCGACAGACUUCUGGUCUAGUAGAAAGAAUAGAUAUUGCCAAAUUAAUGCUGAUGCAAGAACACAACCUUGUUGGCAAAUAUGCUAACAAGAAAUUUUCAGAAAUCCUGUUUGAAGAACUUGAAGAGUCUAUCCAUGAGAGCAAGGGAGGAGACACCGAUGCAACUGCUUCAGAUUCCCAUCUUGAUGAUUGGGAACUAUCUGGCAUGGUAGAUUCCUUUAGUGAACAACCACAGAAAAAGAAGUCACAGAAAGUAAGAGUGAAAUGGACCGAGGUUGAAGAAAAUGAGAUCAAGAAAUACUUCUCCUCAUAUUUUGAUGGGACCAUAAAAAAAACUUGCCCUUCGCAACAACACUGUCUUCUGGCAGUGAAGAAAAGUGCAGAAAACCAAGGAGAAUUACACCGAAGAAAAUGGGAUACAUUAAAGAAGAAGGUUUCAAACAUGCUGCUAAAAAAUGCCAAGUACUCUACAGGAUAA